GUCUUGAAUGUGAUUGAUUGUAUGUGUAAAGUGGGAUGAUUUUGGAAUCUAGAGAGGGGAGCUUGCGGCGGUCGAAGACCAUAUGCAUGCAAGCUAUCCUUAUCUAAUCUACAGGACCUACACAAGUGGAGAUGCGACCGAGGGGUCGGGUCAAUUCAAUUGAACCCGACAGGCGCCUGCAAAUGUAGGUGCCUCAGGCAUCAAUCAAUUGGCGUUAUGACAAAGGCGGAUAACCUGCUCUUCGAGGUCUCUAACCUCGCGCGCUACCGUUGCGCCUAUCAGCUGCGACGUCGAAAUCAGGCCUCACCAACAACAUCGUCAAUCUCCUCAUUAUCCUCCUUCGGAACCUCCGAGAGCGCGGCAACCUGGUCCUGCAGAGCACCGAUAGCAGUAGUCACCGCCGACAACUCCUUCCUGACGGUGGCAGUCAAGUUCGCCAUAGCAGCAACUACAUCAGCGAAAGAGGUUGCAUGAGUCUCGUUGUAGGAGGCGACAGCGGUGCCCAGCUCAUCAAUCUUAGCCUCGAGGUCGGUGAAGCGUGCGACGAACGGGCUGCCGGAAAGCGGGAAGGCUGCGUCCGGAACGGGGGCAGGGACAUCGGCAGUGUCGGAUGCCUCAGAGGAGCUGCAGGCGUCCGGCGCAUCAGAAGAGCUGGAGGCGUCGGAAGCAUCAGAGGAGUCCGGGGCGUCAUCGCGAUCGAUCAUGAUGGGAGGCAGGGGAGCCGCCUUGCGGAGGCGAGCGUGCUUAGCGGGAGCGCGCCAGCCACGGGUGACAAUCUCGCCGAUACCCCAGGCCAAUACGCCACGAGGGCGCGGGUUGGUCGAGAGGUGCGGAUGGUUGAUGUGGUACUCGCAGUAAGUCUCCCACAGUUCGACGGCUGCGAUCACGACGGCCUGCUUGCGAUCGACGACCUCCUCGCGGGCGCAAUCAUCAAAGCCAGCAAGCGCCCAAGAAGCAAAGCUGGCCUACAACCGUACUUGCCUUAACCUACUUCUUCCCCUUCAUUGUGGCAUAUUAUACCUAUAGAGAUUGGCUCGUAAUACACUACUGGCGCAGCCGCCAAUAUUUUUGUAGAUGAGUCCCAGUCAGACUAGAUUAUACUACUUGUCUGCAAGUUG